AUGGACAUGCAUGCUGAGGAGAUGCUGGCGCUCGACGACAUGGCGUGGGACCUGACCCUGGACCUGCCACCAGCGCGGCCGAAGCGACAGCGCAAGACGUACGCGGAAGAGAUAACCGAGCUGCGGGCCAAGGCCGCCCAGUACUCGGAGCAGCUGGCCGCAUUGACGCAGCGUCAAGAGGUCGACAUUAUCUGCGCGACGCCAUGGGAGGGCAUCUCGCGACGACAGGCCAUCGAGCGCAGCGUCGCCGAGCAAGACAAUGCGCGCCUGAAGGACGCUGUGCAAGAGCAGCUCACGACCAUUCAAACGCUCCUGCGCAUCGUGCAGAAGCGACCGAAGCUCAUGGACGUCUCGUACGUGGAAGACUGGAAGCUGCAGCGCUUGCCGGCUGACCCAGCGCUGCGGCAUCGAAGCUUCCACGCGAUGCUAGACGCCGAGUACGAACGCCUCGAGAGCGUCUUUCUUGCCCAGCGACUUUACGACGCGACCGAGACGGGCACACACACGGACGCAGUCGUCGAGAACGAUCAGCUCAUUCUAACGUGCUCGAUGGUCCAUACGAUCCACGCGGAUAUACAACUCGUGGCCAAAGCGCUCUGGAGUAUCGUUGCGCUGGAGCAGACCGUGACGCUCGAGACGGGCACGCUUCGGCCGCUGGAAGGUGUUGGGGACUCGACGUGUUACAUGCAGUUCUCGUUGCAUUUUCCCACCGACGUUGAGCUCCACGGCAACAUGGCGUGGAAACGCUAUGACGUCUCGCCAGUUCGCAUCGUCUUUACAAUGAAGGUCGUCCACGACGAUGAAGUCCACCCGUAUCCACCCGAGGUCUACAUUCCCCAAGAGACAGGCUGGUACAUUCGCACAAUCGAAAACAAAAAAACAGCAAUCUCAUCCUUGAGUAGGUUUGAGAUUGAGUUGGUGCGCGAUGGCGUCACCCGCGUCAAACACUUUAGCCGCGGCCGCGUACCAUGCAGAAGCUACCGGGAUGCAUCCCGCCAACAAGAGAACGGCCUUAGCUUUGCAGCGCUGGCUGACCACGUACUGACGAGCUACCGCAGCAACAUCCGAGUGCAUCGAACGAUGAUCGACCAGCGACUUCGCGAGUGGACAGCGACAGAUUCGCCCAUUUUUGAAGACUAA